AUGAACAAAUACACAUUAAGGUUUAAAUCUUAAAAAAUAGAGGAUGAGUAUUAACAAUCAAGGGUACAUACUAUCAGUAUACCUGUGUUUAAAUUUGGCUCAGCAUGCUUAUUUAUAAUAGCUACUUUGAAACUCAUAUUAGUGGCCCAAGAAAAUAAUAUAGGAGUGAUGCCAGUAUUGAUUGUUUGCCAAAUAUUUUCGAUACUGUCGUUUAUUUUUUUGGUUUUUAAAAUGCACAAAAUUAACAUAUAGCUAAUUUUUCUUGCUUACUUAUUGAUAGCCUAUGAGUUAAUUAUUAAGACUGAUACUAAUGCUUAAGCAUUAUCCCUAAUGUAAAGUAAUUUUACAAUUUGCGGAGUAAUUAUAAUACUGAUUUCAGAAUUUAGAGAAUCCGUACUUAUAAUAGUUACAACGUUUUUCUUCAGGAUAAUUUAUGUAAUGAUGUAGGAAACCAAUAAAUCCUACGUCAUUUAUAGCACAACUAUCAUACUGAUGUGUUUUAUGUGUUAUUUUUCCUAUAAAUUUAAUAUCCUGUUUAGAGCUAGAUUUCUUUUGAGCUAAUAUGAUUACAUGUGGGAAAGUGUUUUUCCAAAAAUUGUGGACAAUCCUUACUUAAUAUUUACAUUCAAUGAAGAUAAGUUAGAAUUUGUAUUAAAAUCCCAAAGCAAGAUUCCCUUUGAGUGCAAUAACACUUAGCAAUUAAAGGAGUUUUUGCGAGAUUGGCAUUUAAAUCAAGAUUCACUAGAAAAUACUUUAUAUCAGUUAUAUUAAAAUGAGGAUAUAAGUGAAUUUCAUUCGAAAAAAAUCGAAAUAGUUAAAGACAAAAAGGCUAAAUAAUACAUUCAUUAUUCAAUGAUGAAAUCAUUAUCAUCAACAUUUAUUAUAAAAUUUGAUGAUUCUGUAAUAAAGGUUGAGGAUUGCAAAAUUUUAUUAUAAAAAACAUUUAAAAAAUAGGAACAUCUAAGGAUGAAAUUGAUAAAAAGCAUUUAUAAGAACUUACAUGUCUCUUUGAACCUAAGACAAUUAAAUAAUUUAUGGUCAAUUAGAAAUAGUUGCAUGAAAUAAAUUAUGAAUUCUAAAAUUCUUAAAUAGCAAUUGAAAAUAGAAUCAUUUGAUAUCAAAAAUUUCUUAUAUUUAAAUGAUUACUUUGCUUACAAAUUCAACAAAUUAACAUUUUAUAAUCCUUAAAAUGAGGAUAUUAUGACUAUAGCAAUACAAUUGAAAAGACUUCUCUUUGAAAUACUUGAAGCCACCUUUCAAUAGGGUCAAGUCUAUGUGGAAGUUUGGGAAAGAACUACAAUAAUUCAAUAUGAAGGCAAAGAAAUAAUGUGUCAAAAGGAUCCAGUCUUAAAAUUAGUCUGGAGUACCUUAGUGGAAAGAGUGGAGAUGCAGAAUAACAUAUGGGUAUUGUAACUAUGUAGAGAACCCUGUGUCAAUUUUACAAAUAAAUAAACUUCCAAAUGA